AUGAAAACCCAUACUUCUGUUCUUAGCCUUUUGGCUGCGACUGUGUAUUUGACCGACGUCGCUUACGCCUGCGUGGGUGACAGUCAUCUGCAUAUGAGAAAUGUUGGAAGCAGCAGCUCUUUGGGAAAGCGUGCCGAGACGGAUUAUAUCGGAUGCGUUACUCCAGGACCUGUGAUUUGUGAGCUCAUUGGCACUUGUCCCUAUCCCAAUGCCUCCGCUGGGCCCUGGGACUCGUCCGCCAAUGUGCGACAAAUGCAAGUCACCGACGAUGCCUACAACUCGCUGGACUUCUCCAGAUUCAACCACCGGGAGGACACUAUCGUCUACAUGCCGGGAGGCCGAGAGUUUAAUAUGGUGCAGCAUGUUCAGGACCUGCAGAACACAUACGCAAGCUUCCCCAAUGUUGCAGUCACCAACCAUCCUUAUAAGGUGGCCUUUGGAGAGGGCAACUGGACCAUUACCAUGACCGAUGUCACCGGAACCAAUACUGGCCCAAUUCAGGCUCCAGAUGGAUGGCGGGGUCCGACCGGCCGCCACGUCAACUAUGAGUUCAUGACCGCGGCGUACUGGCAAGAAGGCAGAAUCGUCAUAGAGCACCUCUGGAUGGAUCUUGUUACCAUGGAGCGUCAGAUGGGCUUCUUCCCGUCCCCAAUCACCACAGAUGGAACUCAGUCGCUCACUUUGAGCCCUUAUACCAUACCCCUUGCGGUCAACCCAUUCGUCAACACCUCAGAAACGAACAAGGCGUCUCAUCGGAAGUUCGAGACGGCCUUGAACGACGGUCAAUUCAAUUCUGACAGCCUGAUGCUUUCCCCCAAUGUCACGAUCUUUACCUCUCGUGAGGACACUCCCAAUGGACUCAACAGCGACCAGUUCUUUGCGCUUGUCAGCCAGCUGCAGAAGUCAUUCUCGAACGUCCAUUUGUCCCCUCAGGGCAUUUUCGGAUCUGGCGAUUGGACUGCGUCAGUGGCUCGGCUCAGCGGCAACCUCACGAAUGCUUUGGCAGUUCCGGAGUACAUCUCCCCGACUCCAAUCGAUGCAACCAAUAAGGGCUUUGACUCUUGGUUCUACACGAUUGCACGAUGGCAGGAUGGCAAGAUCACACACUUGAAGUUCAUGGCCGAUGUGCUUGGCAUCCUCAGUCAAGUGCAAUAG